AUGGUGCUCUUCGAGCCACGGCUUCAAGCAACCCCACGCUACAACACCGUGGACUACGAUGAAUUCAAGGCCUUCGAGACGGCGCUGGCCCUCAUCGACGAGGAUGCCGCCGCAGUACCAGGGCCGCCCCUCUCGACAAAGCAGCUUUUAUCGACCUACAAGAAAUCGCUCGUAUCAAGGCGAAACUCGCUCUUCGAGGCAGGAACCGAUCCCGAGACCUCCAAAACCUGGAGCUUCUGGAACUGCACGUCGAAGCAACGGUACUACAAGAGCAAGCGGACGAGCUACACCGUGCCUAAGGAACACACCCGAAGGCAGAAAAUGCUGCGGAGGGAUGCAGAGAGCGAGAACCAGAACCUCCGAGAGAUGGUGGAGGGUCAGACGAAGACCAUCAAGACACUGAAACGGAUGUUCCAGAAGCAGAUCGUUGACAAGAUGCAGGACGAUACUGGCGACACGUAUUCCGUCCUCAAACAACUAUCUAGCUCGGUCUGA